UCAAGAUGGCGGCGCCCAUGGGUAAAUAACCAGCAGCAUGACAUGAUUUUGAUGACUGUAAUGAACUAGAUCCACAUACACCUUGUAAUAAUUGAGGAUUGCGUUUAUCUUGUAAGAAAUGGGUAAACAAAAGAGAGGCAGACAGAAAUACCACAAUGCAGCAGUAAAAAUCAAAAAUGUCCCCAAAGAGGAGGGGAAAACAGACCAGGAGGAAAUGGAAACCUCCUCCAAUCCCGGUGUAGCUGCUGUGACAGGUAACAUGUUUAAGAGCGUGAAGAUUAGUGCCGAGGAACUGACCCAGAAGCUGCCCACUGACUGGGACACAAAGAGCGCCAUCACUAGCACCUCACUGAAGGGGCUACAGCUGAAGAAGAAGGACAGGAAGAAACUCAGGAGGGAACUUCUGGUGCAAAAAUUGGAUGCAGUGGAGGCAGCAAAGAAAGCGGCCAAAGAGAAGAAGAGAAAACAGAGUACCCCUGUGGUGGGGGACAUAGGAUUGCUGGGAGAGGCCCUCCCCACACUGGACAUGCUGCUCAAAAGUGACCAACACAAGAAAAAAGAAUGUAAUAAGGAAAAACCUCGUAGUAUUUUGAAGGAGAAGAAGAGGCAAAAGCAGAUGUUAAAAGACGUGGAAUUAUUUCAUCAAGUUUACAGCCAUCCAUCUUAUUCCAAGGACCCAAGGGCAACAAUCCAUGAACAUUUACAAAACAAACUUAAACGGGAAAAUCAGAUGGAAUCUUAGCACUGGAGAGAAGGGAUUUAACCAUUUUACCAGAAUUAUGCUGAUUCCUCUGGGACACAAGAACCACAUAUACAUGUAUUUUGUAAAACUAGAGGAAUAUAUUACAAACAUUUACACAUACCAUUUUUUUAAAAAUCUUGAUUGUUUGUUUUAAUUCUUUGCAAUUUAUAUGUACUGUAAACAUACUUUUUUCCACGGUGUCAUAAUUCCGCGGAAUCUCAAUUUCUGUUUAUUCAGCGAAUAGAAAAAUACGCAGAUUUCCUGGACAGUCACUAUAUGCCUUAUAUUUAUAUAAUAAUUUUAUGGACAAAUUUCCGCGGAAAAUUUGUGACCGCGUACAUAGCGUAUUUUAAUACCACGUGGAAAAAAUACUUCUACAGUAAUUUAUCAAACUUCCCUCACUUAUACAAAUGUUCAUGUUGCAUUAGUAAUGAAUCCUGUGUGGGACAUUCAUGCCCUAUGGACAUAUUUCUUUAUUGCAGUAAAAUGUUAUAUAUUGUUUAUUUUGUUACCUGUUGAUACUGAAAAAAAUAUCAAAAUUUUGGUUUCGAACAAAAAUAAAUAUGUAUGAAAAGCAGGAA